UCGUGACCCACUGAUCUGGAGAUACUUUCUGAUUCAAGGUGCGGCAAGCUGGAGCUCGGUGGAUCAUCUCCACUCCCACACUGCACUACCUCACUGAACCUGCAGGGGAGACAACCACAACCUGGACUUUAUGGCAGAAUAUCUGCGUUGUUGUCCUGAGUGUCGUUCUCCUCAGCGUUUCACUCCUCCGUCUGCUCUGUCGUUUUUCCUGCACUCCCUGGUGUCAGAUACAGAGCCGAGGUUCUCCAUGUUUGGUUGUGGGUUGGAGCAGCUCAGCGUCUCCCUCAUGACCGUCAUGUUGAACUCUCCUAACGUCCUGGGUGUAGCAGGAACUCCACAACGCCAGAUCAACAGUAUUGGAUCAGGGAUCAGUUUUGUUUAUGACGGCCAACACAAAUUCAACAUCAUCACCUUAUAUUCAACUAACAGUGCAGAGAGAGAGCGUGCACGUGUGGAAAGGUUGAGAGUGAAUAGUAAGAUAUUCAUACAGGACAAUGAGGAUGAUGAUGAUGAUGAUGGUGCAGGGAGGCGGAGUUACAGCGUGGCUCCUCAGUUUCAGGAAGUGUUCCGCUCCGUUAACGGUUUUAUUUACGUAGCCAACGCCGAGACGAUGCCAGAGACGGCUGUAAGAGAGGAUGAGUUUGCUCAGAUCAGUGCUGUGCUGCAGCCUGAGUUUGGUCCUUCAUCUCGUCCUCUACUCGUUCUCUCCUGUGUGUCCCGAGAUGGAGAGAGUCAGAGAACGAGUGCAAGUGUUUCUGUCGCUCAUCAAUUAAAACUCAACCUGCUGCCCAACCCCUGGAUGGUACAGGACGUGGUAGCUGAGUCUCUCUCAGGUCUGUUGGAGGGGAUAUGUUGGUUACUCAAACACUCAGGACUCAGAGUUUAAAUGAUUUGUCGUUAUAUUUUUAUAUAUAAAAGCUUUAUCUUUAUAUCAGUUGAGAUUUUCGUCACUGUGAGUGGAAUUGAACCGUUGAGCUGUUCAGGUCUGAUGAUGUACCUGUUGAUGUUUGAUGUUCCUCAGGUCUACACCUGUGUGAACACCUUGUGUGUGUACAAAAGUCCUAAAAGGCCACACAUGAUAUUUUUUCUUUUCUUUUUUUCCAUUAUCACAAGUUUUUUUUCUCGCCAUAACGUUGUUUCCUUUUCUUUCCAUUGUGUAUUCGGCAUAAGAAAAUGUUUCAGAGGAAGCUGUCAGAUCUGUAACUUUACCGUACACAGUGAAAUAAAACAACGUUCCUUCAGAACCCUGGUGCUACAUAGAGAACAUAGAGCUACAUAACAGAACACGGAGUUAAGGACUGUAAGUGUCCUCACCGACCCUGAACAUGGAGUUAAAUUCAUCACCAGCUGACGUGAGGGAGCAGGACGUCUGCAUGGUUCUAUCCAUGUUUUUCUGCCUUUUUCCAUUUAUACCAAACAUCCAUCAGUUCCUCUAAACAAUCUGUUGUUGAAGCUUUAAAUACGUUUGUUUUAUUUGCAUCAACUGAUUUAUUUUUGUACAGAUGAAUAGAUCAUUAUGUUGAUUUCAUAUUAAAACAAGUUCUUUGACUCGUA